GCUCGUGAACAAAUGAACACUGCUGUAAACUGAACAUAAGAACACAAGUUAGCAAGACAUGGCUGACGCAGCGGCUAGGUCCUUGCAAUAUGAGUACAAAGCUAACUCUAAUCUUGUAUUGCAAGCAGACAGAUCAUUGAUCGACAGGAGAGCACGAGAUGAACCUACAGGAGAAGUGCUUGCCUUAUCAGGCAGACUUACGGGUACACGCAUGGGUGAUAAAGCACAGCGUAACAAGCCACCACAAAUGGAAGAGAGAAAAGUCAAGCGACGCAAGCGAGAUGAGGCACAGCAUGAUAUGAUGAAAAUGAAAGGAACAACUCUACUAUCAGAUGGAGUUGAUGAGUUAGUGGGAAUUCUCUAUCGUCCUAAAACACAGGAGACGAGACAGACAUAUGAAGUCAUUCUCAGUUUCAUUCAAGCUGCCAUUGGUGACCAGCCUCGUGAUGUGCUUUGUGGUGCUGUUGAUGAAGUUUUAAGUGUCCUUAAAAAUGACAAGAUGAGAGACAAGGAGCGAAAAAGAGAAGUGGAGUCACUACUUGGAUCUAUGCCAGAAGAACGCUAUGCUGUGUUAGUUAAUUUGGGCAAGAAAAUCUCUGAUUGGGGUCAGGAAGAAAAGAUGCAAACAGAUGAGAACAUAGAUGAAACUUAUGGUGUGAAUGUACAAUUUGAAGAAUCUGAAGAUGAGGAUGAUGCAGAUGUAUUUGGAGAAAUAAAGGAUGAAGAUGAUGAUGAUGAAAGUGAGGGUGAGGAAGCUGACCUUGAUGUGACUCUACAUGCCAAUUUGGCUGGAGGAGAUGAGGCAGGAGGUAAAUCAGAUUCAGGUCUCCACCCUCGGGAUAUUGAUGCAUUCUGGUUACAGAGGAAACUGAGCAAAUACUACCCUGAUGACCCAACGACUGCCCAGACCCGCGCCCAGGAGGUCUUAGAAAUCCUGAAGAGUGCCAGUGACGAUAGAGAAACAGAGAAUCAACUUGUACGUUUGCUUGGAUUCACACAAUUUGACUUCAUUAAAGUGUUGCGACAGUUCAGGCAGAUGAUCCUCUACUGUACAAUGCUGGCCCAGGCCCAGACAGCUACAGAGAAAACAAAGAUUGAGGAGAAGAUGUCAAGUGAUGCAGAACUCUCAAAGUAUCUUCACGCUCUAGAGGUGGCGGACAAGGAGGAUAUCGUGUCAGAGGAGCGGGCACGUCGUCACCAGGCACGACAGUCCCGCGUGGCUGCUGACCUACAAGCCAUGGACAUCGACCAACAACAGCAAUCCCUUGGGAAUGUCCAGAAUCUUGACCUAGAGGAUCUGACCUUUGGCUUGGGCAGUCACUUAAUGGCUAACAAACGUUGUCAGCUCCCUGACGGCUCUUUCAGGAAACAGAGAAAAGGAUAUGAAGAAGUACAUGUGCCUGCUCUCAAGCCAAAGGCAUUUGAUUCAGAUGAGUCCCUGGUGCCGAUUGAGAGACUACCAAAAUAUGCCCAACCAGCUUUUGAAGGUUUCACGUACCUGAACCGGAUACAGAGUCGUCUGUGUAAGGCAGCGCUAGAAUCAGAUCAAAACCUUCUACUAUGUGCUCCAACGGGUGCUGGUAAAACCAAUGUGGCAUUGAUGUGCAUGCUGAAGGAGAUCAGUAAACACAUCAAUGCUGACAACACCAUCAACACAGACGAGUUUAAGAUCAUCUACAUUGCACCAAUGAAAUCUCUCGUGCAGGAAAUGGUUUUCAGCUUUGGAGAGCGCCUGAAGUCGUAUGGCAUUAAGGUAGAGGAAUUAACAGGUGACCACCAACUGACCAAGGAGCAGAUCUCCGCUACACAGAUCAUUGUGUGUACUCCAGAGAAAUGGGACAUCAUCACAAGAAAAGGGGGAGAACGUACAUACACACAACUUGUCAGACUUAUGAUAUUUGAUGAAAUCCACUUACUCCACGAUGAUAGAGGACCAGUAUUGGAGGCUCUUGUUGCCAGGACUAUUAGGAACAUAGAAACGACCCAGGAGGAUGUCAGACUGGUCGGACUCAGUGCCACACUGCCUAACUACGAGGAUGUGGCUACGUUUCUGCGAGUUGAUCCAGCAGAGGGACUCUUCUUCUUUGACAACAGCAUUAGACCUGUACCCUUGGAACAGCAGUUCAUUGGAAUAACAGAAAAGAAAGCUGUCAAACGAUUUCAGAUCAUGAAUGAAAUUGUAUAUGAUAAAGUGAUGGAAAAUGCUGGCAAAAACCAGGUUCUAGUGUUUGUCCACUCAAGGAAAGAGACAGGAAAGACUGCCCGUGCAAUCAGGGAUAUGUGCCUUGAGAAGGAUACAUUGGGUAUGUUCCUCAAGGAGGGAUCAGCAUCUACAGCUGUACUGAGGACUGAGGCUGACCAGGUUAAGAACUUGGAACUCAAAGAUCUGCUGCCCUAUGGGUUUGCAAUACAUCAUGCUGGCAUGACUAAAGUUGAUCGUAUCUUGGUGGAAGACUUGUUUAAGGAUCGUCAUAUACAGGUGUUGGUGUCUACCUCGACACUUGCUUGGGGAGUGAAUCUCCCUGCUCACACUGUUAUCAUCAAGGGAACACAGGUUUACAGUGCAGAAAAGGGACGCUGGGUAGAACUCAGUGCACUUGAUGUCAUGCAGAUGAUGGGCAGAGCUGGUCGUCCCCAGUUUGACACUAAGGGAGAGGGAGUGAUGAUAACAAAUCACAGCGAGCUACAGUACUACCUGUCCCUAAUGAACCAGCAGUUACCUAUUGAGAGCCAAUUUAUUUCAAAACUAGCUGACUGCUUGAAUGCUGAAAUUGUACUUGGCACAGUACAGAAUGUCAAAGAGGCUGUUGACUGGUUGGGCUAUACCUACCUGUAUAUUCGUAUGCUACGCUCGUCAUCCCUAUAUGGUAUAAGCCAUGAUCAGCUGAGAGAUGACCCUUUAUUGCAACAACGACGCAAAGAUCUCGUCCACACAGCAGCUGUCCUACUAGAUAAAAACAACCUUGUUAAAUAUGACAAGAAGACAGGACAGUUCCAGGUCACAGAGCUUGGUCGUAUUGCAAGUCACUAUUACUGUACACAUGAGACAAUCUCUGUGUACAAUCAGCUGUUGAAGCCGACACUCAGCGAGAUUGAACUGUUUCGUGUGUUCUCAUUGUCCUCCGAGUUCAAGUACAUCAAUGUCAGAGAGGAAGAGAAGUUAGAGCUGCUGAAGCUGUUGGAGAGAGUCCCAAUCCCCAUCAAGGAAAGUAUAGAGGAACCCAGUGCAAAGGUGAACGUACUGCUACAAGCUUACAUAUCACAACUAAAACUGGAGGGAUUCGCCCUGAUGUCUGACAUGGUGUUCAUUACCCAGUCUGCUGGCCGUCUGAUGCGUGCUAUGUUUGAGAUUGUCCUACACAGAGGCUGGGCCCAGCUUGCUGACAAGUGUCUAGCUCUCUGUAAGAUGGUUACCAAGCGGAUGUGGCAGUCCAUGUGCCCUCUGCGACAAUUUGCAGACAAAAAAAUGCCUAUUGAAGUGAUAAAGAAAAUUGAGAAAAAGAAUUUUCCCUUUGAGCGUCUGUACGAUCUGAACCCCCAUGAGAUUGCUGAGCUUAUCCGUGUUCCCAAGAGCGGUAAGACCAUUCACAAGAAUGUACAUCAGUUUCCCAAACUGGAGUUAUCUGUCCAUGUCCAGCCCAUCACGCGGUCAACACUGCGUGUAGAACUGACCAUAACACCAGACUUUCAGUGGGAGGAAAAGAUCCAUGGAAACUCUGAGGCAUUCUGGAUAUUAGUAGAAGACGUUGACAGUGAAGUCAUUUUACAUCACGAGUACUUCCUUCUCAAAAGUAAAUUUGCGCAGGAUGAACACACUGUGAAGUUCUUUGUACCAGUAUUUGAGCCUCUGCCUCCACAGUAUUUUAUCAGAGUGAUAUCAGAUCGAUGGUUAGGAUCAGAGACACAACUUCCUGUGUCUUUUCGUCACCUCAUCCUUCCUGAGAAGUACCCACCUCCCACAGAACUUCUGGAUCUCCAGCCCCUCCCAGUGUCUGCCCUUAGGAAUGCAGCAUUUGAGGGGCUCUACAAUGACAAGUUCCCAUUCUUUAACCCCAUACAGACACAAGUGUUCAACGCGGUAUAUAAUAGUGAUGACAAUGUGUUUAUCGGGGCACCCACUGGUAGUGGAAAGACCAUCUGUGGAGAGUUUGCUAUGUUACGUAUGUUCUCCCAGAACCCAGACGGCCGCUGUGUGUAUGUUACACCACUCGAGGCCCUGGCUCAACAAAUGUACAAUGAUUGGCAGGCCAAAUUUGGAGGACACCUGGGAAAGAAAGUGGUCCUGUUGACAGGGGAGACAGGAACUGACCUGAAACUUCUGGCCAAGGGUAAUAUUAUCAUCAGUACCCCCGAGAAGUGGGAUGUGUUGUCACGGCGAUGGAAACAGAGAAAGAAUGUUCAGAAUGUGAACUUGUUUAUCGUUGACGAGCUUCACCUCAUUGGAGUAGAUGUUGGGCCUGUGUUGGAGGUAAUCUGUUCACGCAUGCGAUACAUGUCCUCUCAGUUGGAGCGUAUCAACAUUCGUAUCGUGGCUUUGAGCUCCUCACUAUCCAAUGCAAAGGAUGUGUCCCAGUGGUUAGGAUGCAGUGCCACUGGAUUCUUCAAUUUCCACCCAAAUGUACGCCCAGUACCUCUUGAGUUACACAUACAGGGUUUCAACACCAGUCACAAUGCGUCCCGUAUUGUUGCCAUGGCUAAACCAGCCUACCAGGCCAUCAUUCGCCAUGCCCCUAAAAAACCUGUGAUCAUCUUUGUACCAUCACGGAAACAGACGAGGCUGACAGCCAUAGAUAUCCUGACAUUCAGUGCUGCAGAAAUCCAACCAGACAGUGACAUGCCAAGGAGCAGGUUUCUUCAUGUCAAAGAGGAAGAUAUUCAGCCAUUCCUGGAGAAAGUCACCGACAAGACCCUGAAGGAGACCUUGAGUAACGGGGUGGGCUACCUACACGAAGGGCUAGGAGACAUAGAGAAGAAGGUUGUGGAGACUUUGUUCUCUAGUGGAGCUGUACAGGUACUUGUUGCCUCCCGCAAUCUCUCCUGGGGUAUGAAUGUCUCAAGUCACCUGGUUGUUGUCAUGGAUACACAGUACUACGACGGAAAGAGUCAUUCGUAUGAGGAUUACCCUGUGACUGAUGUGCUGCAGAUGAUUGGUCGAGCUAACAGACCCGCCUUGGAUCAGGAAGGAAAAGCAGUUAUUCUUUGCCAGAGUUCAAAGAAAGAAUUCUUCAAGAAGUUCUUGUACGAACCACUGCCAGUAGAGAGUCAUUUAGACCACUGUCUACAUGAUCACUUUAGUGCGGAAAUUGUCACAAAGACAGUGGAAAAUAAACAAGAUGCUGUGGACUAUCUCACCUGGACCUUUGUGUACAGGCGCAUGACCCAAAACCCCAACUAUUAUAAUCUUCAAGGGGUUACCCAUCGUCACUUGUCGGAUCACAUGUCAGAACUUGUGGAGAACACAAUCAAUGACCUUGAACAGUCAAAGUGUAUCAGUGUAGAAGAUGAGAUGGAUGUAACGCCGCUCAACCUGGGAAUGAUUGCAGCUUACUAUUACAUCAACUAUACAACUAUAGAAACAUUCAGUAUUUCCCUGAACGCAAAGACAAAGAUGAAAGGCUUGUUGGAGAUCAUCUCUAAUGCUGCAGAGUAUGAGGAUAUAGCAAUCCGUCAUCAUGAAGAUACAAUACUCAAACAGCUGUCAACCAGACUGCCGAACAAGCUGGCCAUACAGAAAUACAAUGACCCCCACGUGAAGACCUAUCUCCUUCUCCAGGCACAUUUGUCUCGCAUGCAACUGUCUGCUGAGCUUCUGUCUGACACUGAGGACAUUCUCAGCAAGGCUAUCCGCCUGAUUCAAGCCUGUGUGGACGUACUAUCCAGUAAUGGCUGGCUGACUCCUGCCCUAGCUGCUAUGGAGCUUGCUCAGAUGGUGACCCAGGCCAUGUGGAGUAAGGACUCAUACCUGAAACAACUGCCACACUUCUCACAAGAUAUCAUCAAACGCUGUACAGAGAAGAACAUAGAGAGUGUGUUUGAUGUGAUGGAGAUGGAGGAUGAGGAGAGAACUUCAUUAUUACAACUAACAGAGGAUCAGAUGGCAGAUGUGGCUCGCUUCUGUAAUCGUUAUCCCAACAUAGAGCUCACUUACGAGGUUAUGGAAAAAGAUAGCAUCCACAGUGGUUCUGCUGUGAAUGUGGUUGCUACUUUGGAGAGAGAGGAUGAACUAACGGGACCAGUGAUCGCGCCGUUCUUUCCACAGAAACGAGAGGAAGGCUGGUGGGUUGUUAUUGGGGACAGCAAAAACAAUUCCUUGUUGUCGAUUAAGAGGCUUACCCUGCAGCAGAAAGCCAAAGUAAAACUAGACUUUGUGGCACCCACUCCAGGAAAGUACAACUACACCAUCUUCUUUAUGAGUGAUGCCUACAUGGGAUGUGAUCAAGAAUACAAGUUCUCUAUUGAUGUUCUGGAGGGAGAAAGUGGUAGUGAAGAGAGUAACAGUGACUCAGAUUAAACAUAACAGUCACUCAGAUCCAGUUGAACACUUAAUCAACGCUUGAUCAUAAUGGAUGUGCUUAAGAGACAGACACAGUAUAGGCAUUGCCGUGUAGAAACGGGCAUUGUCAACAAUUGUUUUGUAUGUUGUUGUAUUUCCUUUGUGUUGAACAGAACAGCAUAAUUGGAAUUUAAUUGACUGUGGAAAAUGCAUAGCAUUUCAUUUUCUGACCAUGAUUUCACAGAGUGAUUUGAAUCUAAGAGAGACUAAUCAGUGUGCGGCUAAUAAAAGGCAUGGCUGAUUGAUGGUAAAAACCUGUAUACUACAGGAUAUCGUGUUGCUCAGUAGGAAUACAGUUAUAUAACAGAGAAGGCUAUAAGUAAUUGGAGUAGUUUAAACCACUGAAAAAAAAUUACAUUCAGGAAAAUAAGGGAAUAUGAAAUAUUGAAUGAGGAAGGACAGUGUUCUCUUAGUAUAUAAACCAAAAUAAGAUUUAUUUUUAUCUUUCAUCAUAGAUCUGUUUCAUACACGCAAAUGAUUAAUUAUCUCAUCUUUACCAUAUCAUCUGAAAAUGUUAUCAACUGACUUCUUGAUGUUCUAUGUUAUUAUGAUGACAAGUGACCAAGGUCACAACUGUUAAAGAAACUGAUUUUAUUCUGAAACAUAACAGCAGUGCAAGUAAUCAUGUAUCUGCCUAAUUAUACCUAUUUAGGUAUAUUAUGUAUCUGUCACAAAAUUGUCAUUGAGAACAUCAUGUUUACAUUUCAACCUCAAUAAAACUAUACAUGUCA